CCCCCGGCCAACUAAAAAACCGCGAUUUGCCUGUUCUCCAGAAACCUAUAAAUAUUUGUCUGGAAUGAAUUUAAAUCAGUUGAGAACUAAUCUUCUGACACACUAGCACCAUGACCCUGACCAGCAUUGAAAACCUUGACAACAUGACGAUCAGCAAUAAGGAAAACAAGUCUGUGAUUGAAAAUAAAGUUGAGAAAUCUACAGAGAAGACCGAUGAUUUUGUGGAACCCCUAUUGAAGGAGAAUUCCCGCCGCUUUGUUAUAUUCCCGAUCCAGUAUCCUGAUAUUUGGAGGAUGUACAAGAAGGCUGAGGCCAGCUUCUGGACGGCCGAAGAGGUCGAUUUAUCAAAGGACAUGAGAGACUGGGAAGGGUUGAAGGCUGACGAAAGAUUCUUUAUUUCUCAUGUUCUCGCUUUUUUCGCCGCCUCAGACGGUAUCGUUAACGAGAACCUGGUUGAGAGAUUUAUGCAGGAGAUUCAGAUCCCCGAAGCCAGAUGCUUUUAUGGAUUCCAGAUCGCGAUUGAGAAUAUUCACAGUGAGAUGUACAGCCUUCUGAUUGAUUCUUAUGUUAGGGAUGCUGGAGAGCGAGAUAAACUGUUCAACGCUAUCGAAACCAUCCCUGCCGUGAAGAAAAAGGCAGACUGGGCCCUCAAGUGGAUUAACGCGAAAAACGCUACAUUCGCCGAAAGAAUUAUCGCUUUUGCCUCUGUUGAAGGAAUCUUCUUCUCUGGUAGUUUCGCCGCCAUUUUCUGGUUGAAGAAGCGAGGUCUGAUGCCUGGACUUACAUUCAGUAACGAACUCAUCUCCAGGGACGAGGGAUUACACACAGACUUCGCCUGCUUGCUGUUCAGGCACCUGCAGAGGAAGCCCAGCAAGGAGCGUAUUCUGGAGAUUGUCAAAGACGCUGUUUCCAUUGAGUGUGAGUUCCUUACUGACGCCCUUCCCGUUGCCCUCAUAGGAAUGAACUGUGAUCUAAUGGUGCAAUACAUCAAGUUCGUAGCUGACAGACUUCUCGUAGAGCUAGAGUGUGAGAAGGUUU